AUGGCACACAGAGCCCUUGAGACCGACGACAUCCUCGUAUGCAUAUUCGAACAUUUUAUUGGCCCACAAGAAACGCGGUCUGGCCGAUCGCUACUACAAACGUUAGCCAGGCUAGCGCGCUGUUGUCGUGCAUUCUCCGACCCUGCUCUAGCUGCCCUGUGGAAGCGACAGAUCACCCUCGGGCCUCUGCUGCGUGUGUUCUCAUCUUAUAAAAUAAGUAAUGGCGUGUAUUCUGUUGGAGACAUCGAACCUCUUGAAUGGGCCAGGUUCCAAGGCUAUGCUAGCCGUAUCCAUAUUCUCGUAUAUACGACAUUGCGGAACGUAGACCCUUUCGUGUAUACUUGCCUAAAAGAAAGGAGCGAAGGUAAACCCUUGCUCCCCUCUUUGUCGCAAUUAUACUGGAAACAGGCUACAUUUAAUGAUCCUGCAUACAUCCUCUUCGUGACCCCAUCACUUCAGUUCGUCGACAUCUUACUUGCUCAAACGGAAUGGCGUACAAACGACGAUGUAGAGGGGCUUGAAGGUGCGAUGGGCCACUCCGUGGGGCUUUUCCUAGAAACCAUCUCUAAGGACGCACCUUUCGUUCGAAAACUGUCACUCAUCGGUUGUUGUCUUUCCCAAUGGGCAACAUUUUUGCAACGCUUUCAAGCCCUUCGUUCUCUCGAUAUAGGGGAGGUCGGAGUUGUGGAUAUCACCACUCUUUCUGAACUCUCUGCUCUCCCUGCCUUGCAACAUCUCAGUGUCAACAUCGGGGAAGUGGUAACCGGCGAGACUUUACUCAAGUCUAGUUUCGGAGCCCUUGAGAGUCUCAACGUUUCAGGGGCUCCACCCGCAGUGUUUGGUCUGCUGGGAUAUAUGGGGUCUGCCGGUCUGCAGUCGAUGACUCUCGUGUCCUCUGUUGCUUACACUCAAUUGCAAUUGUUCUCAUGUUCAAACAGAUUACGAUCCCAUUUCUGCACAUGUCUACGGCGCCUGCGCAUUCGGAUCUCCGUAACGUCAAUUGAAGACGAUUUCUCCCUCAUCAAUGGUAUUGAACCGUUGCUGGAACUGGCCCUCAUGGAAGAUGUACACAUUCAACUCGACAGUCCUAUUCGGAGCAGCGAUGAGGACGUGACCUCCAUGGCUACCGCGUGGCGCUGUCUGGAGAGAUUCCACCUGUGGCACCGGAGCGCGCAGCACAAUCCGUCUUUUCCCUCUCUGGAAGCUCUUCGUAUACUAGCUGAGCAUUGUCCCCGGCUUAUCGAUCUUGACAUUAGUAUUGGAGCGGAGCCCCCUCUUUCUCUCGUUAGCGAGCAUCUUUCGCGUCCCCUGCGUAGUCUUCGGCUCUUAGGUGAUGUGGGCAUAGGCGAUCACGACCCGAAAAAAUUAGCGGCAUACAUCACCGCCUUGUUUCCUUGGCUGCGUCAUUUUGAGGCGUUCGCAUGGGAUGCUACGACAAAUUCGAAAUGGCGGGAAGUAAAGCGGCAGAUUUUUCUCCCGAAACCGAGCGAAAAGCGAAUUUAA